CCGUGGCCCGUGGGCUGGCCAAGCAAACGGACAAAAGCCCCGCCGCCCCGCGCUUUCUCCGGUUCCUUCUCUCCCCUGAGACCACCAACGCCGGGGCCGGAAAAAAGGGAAGCCAGAGCACAGAGCCAGACCUGGCGGCGCUGGACAUCCAAAAACGCCGCCAAGGAUCCUUCUCUCUCUCUCUCUCUCUCUCUUCGCGUCCAUCGACCUGACCGCGGAGGCGCGUGCUUCUUCUUCCCGCUCUCCACGAAGUACUGCGGCGGUCAGAAUUACAGCUAAAUGUUGUAGACGGGCAACUGUGCUUCCAAACUUGAAAUCUGACGGCAGGACAGGCAAGUGCAGUGUCAUGAAGAUUGAGGGAAACUUGCAUGUUUGAUAUACCCAGCUGCUUUCUGUAACGAAAAACUCGUGAUCAUUUUGUUGAAUUGGUCACUGUCAGGGAGGGAUCUACUUGUCAGUUUUUGGUAUUAAGGCUGCUGGCCUUCCCUUGCAGGGUAUCUGUAGAAUAAAUGGGAGAAGCACACUCGGAUGAAUUUUGCCAUUGCCAGGGGUGUGCUGGCAAGUAUGCACUACUCAGAGACGAAGAAAACCCACGAUUGGCAAUCUUUGAGAGGCGGCUGCCUUGCUGUGGUUGUGGGAUAGGAUGGUCUACUUUUCUUUUAGGUUUCUUGUGUCCUUUGAUUUGGUACUUUGCAGCCAUACUUUACUGCUGCAAGUACUACAACAAGGAUCCUCGAGAGCGCCCUGGUCUAGCUGCAUCAGCUGUUGCGGCUCUCAUCUUCACAGUUCUGGCAAUUAUCGCUCUCUCUGUGGCACUGAUAAUCUGUGUAUACAAGUAGUACCCAAAGCGAGGAAAACGCGGUCGCUGGACCUGGAAUUCAGAAGAAACUUGUAAUUUGAGUGAUAGUAGCAUGCCUUUGCAGUCAUCCUACAUGCAUCAGUAUCACUAUAGCAAGUUGUUGAAUUAAAUGCUGCUACCGUCCCGGUUGACCAGUCGGCUGCCGUUGUUUAUCAACGAGGAUGUUCAUUGCUCUAUCUCAAA